AUGUCAUCUACAGUUGCAAAAGGAAAAGAACUCGAGCAAAGGAUCUUUGAUAUAUUGAGGAGCAUAGAAAUUGAGUGCAAGUGGACAGGUGGUUCGGGUGACGGAGGAGUGGAUAUCAGCGGUGUUGUUGUUGGGAUCCCGUUCGUGAUUCAGUGUAAAAAUUGGACAAAACAUAAAAUUGGUCCCUCCGUCAUUCGUGAAUUCGAAGGAGCACUUACUAGACAAACAAGGGGUACAAUAGGUGUUGUAGUAGGACGUUCAAAAAAUAGAUUCACGCCUGGUGCGAUAGUGACAGCUAAAACAUCGAUUUACGAUAUUAUCCUCACGGAUAAGAAAGACCUUUGUAUAGAUCUCAUUCAGUUAGUUGCUGAUCGACUGAACAGAUCUUAUGAUUUUAAUGCUAAUCCUCCGUUUCCAUCACCGAUGAAUGCGCAAUACUCAGAAAAUUGCUUUCCGAGUUCGGUUCCCGCACCAUAG